CUAUUGCUUCCGUGAUUGAUUGAUACGCCUAAACUAUCAAUACUUAUGAACUUAAUUUGCGUUGAAGUUCGAUCUCUAUAUCAACUUUCCGAUUGAUCUCAACACGGACCGUUGUUCCGUAAAGCAACAUCCCCUUCCGUCCCUUGACGCGUCCCGCGAGUCUCGAUUCCUACAUACGCCUAGGAACCGUCCUCCCAUAACACCUUUCACUAUGUCUUCCUCUACCGACUCCAAUCACACGGUCACCAUCAAGAACCCGUUGAAGGAUAUCGCCAAUUGGAUCGACUGGUAUGAAGAGAUCAAGAACUACGCCCAACGCAUCAAAGUUUGGGACUACGUUAACCCAACCUUCGUCGAAAUCCCUGCCUCUGAAGGAAAGGAAGCGGUAACGCAACCUAUCCAUGAGUCUCCUACUCCUCCUCGUUGCCCAGCCGCAAACGAGACGAUUCCCAACUUAAAAUGGCUCUGGAAAUCCUUCGACUACGAGAAAAGGGAGUACGAUCUCCGUGAGGCUGAACUCAGGAACCUCACGAACGCUAUCACCGCUUCCGUCAGUGGUGAUAUGACCCGAUAUAUCAAGGACAAAUACCUUGCCAAGGACAUGUUGGAGUCGCUCCAUCGUUACGCGGCUCCACAGUCCGACCAAUCAGCGCCUCACCUGGAAGAAGAGUUCAACCGUUCGAAGAAGGGCAAAUACCUUGCCAUGGAUAUGUUGGAGUCACUCCACCGUUACGCGGCUCCACAGUCGAUCCAAUUGGCGUCUCACCUUGAAGAAGAGCUCAACCGUUUGAAGAAGGGCAAGAAGGACCGGAAUCAGUCUAAUCUAGACUAUGCCCAUGAUUGGCUUAGGUUACAAGAGAAGAUUAAGUCUGUCCGUGAUCUUGUUGAUCAUCUCACUGACCGUUAUAUUUGCCGCGCUUUUAUAGCCGCAGCUAAUUCUAUUGAGAGGGGAUUUCGGCUACUUGUCUUUGACCGCAUCGCUGGAAAUCUGCUCAGCCCUACUCUUGCCGACCUUCCUACACUUGUCGAUUGGUUUCUCAACUUUGGAAGCUUUAUCAAUAGCCAAGACUCUGUACAGAAGUUCGCUAAAACAACCCUCGGAGCUGCCGAACGGCAACCGCAAAGAGAACAACGUAAUGCGAAGGGUCCAUUCAAAGACUGCAUCUGUGGAGUGAAGCAUUGGUUUGGGGAAUGCCCUCACGUCAAUUCGUCUAGGCGAUCCAAGGAUCAUUGCGAAGACCCUGCUAUUAUCGAACGAUUUAAGAGGCUCCCUCCAAGACCGCUUGAGAAAAUCUAUAAGCAACUCCAACACGACAAGGUCACGGCACCGGCAUGGCUUCCUCCUAAUCCAAGUGCCUAGCUCGUCGUUCCUCCGGCACUGCAGAUUCCAAUGGAGGCGAGCACCAUCAUUAUCGCGUCAACCGAACGCCGGUCUUAUGCCCCUAAUCGAUUCAUCUUCGAUUCUGGCGCAAACGUCCAUGUCUGCCACGAUUUCCACCUGAUCGGUCAUCCACAACUGGUACCCUUCGUGCAGCCGGGAUCAUACUGAAUUUCGCGAUCAUCAGAUCCACAGGACUUUACCAACCAGACUAAUCGAAUCUGGACUUAAUGAAAACUCGCCACUUCGACUUGUCGAAGCCAACAAUUGUGGUUUCGACGCAAGUACAAUCUCCUAUACCACUUGAGAGGGUCACAACUAUAGCAUCUUCGAGGUAUUUUAGAUUCCUAUUGAUCAUAUAGGAUUAGCAUGGUACCAGCAACAUAUAGAGCCCUGAUUCACGAAAGGCGUCAUUCCAUUUCAGGUGCU